AUGAAACUAUUAUCACUACCACCAAUACAAUCACAACCAACUCAAAAAUGGCAAGACAACAAAGAUGUUCCAGGCAACAAAGUUCCUUGUCUUGGUUAUAAAGAUUCCGAGUUUAGAUCUUCAAAAUGCAAUAUGAUGAGAUUAGAAAAUAUAUGUAAAAAGAUUGAUGGAAGACUUGCUACAACAACUAGUGAUAAUACCAAUACCAUUGUGAAUAACGAUAAUAUUCAUAAUGGCAAUGAGACAAAGAAUUUACCAGAUACUAGCAAACCUAAUAAUUACUUAGUUUCGAAUAUUCCUCCUUUAAAUCAAGAAAGAGAAAAAAUUGUAUCAGAUAUUUUGGAUUUAUAUUCUUGCAAACCAUCUGAAGAAAAAUUCAAUCACUACUCUAAUGAUGUCAUAUUUGAAGAUCCACUCAUGUACUGUACAGGAAUCAAAAAUAUCAAAGCUCAAUUUUAUGGAAUGCCAAAACUAUUUACAAAUUCUGUAACAGAAACUCUUGAAGUCCAACAGAAUGAUUCGAAUAUACUAAAAUUUAGUUUUAAUCAAUGUUACACUUUGCCAUUACUCAAAAAAAACAAAGUACAAAAUAGUGUUGUUAUACUGGAAUUUAAUAAUGAUAAUGAUGGUCAAGGGAAGAAAAUUAAGAAACAUUCAGAUUUGUGGGAUGGGAAACCUUUGCCUGUUAAUGGUGGUGUCAUACGUAAAACUCUUGCUAAAUUAGUAUCAACUUGUGUUAAAAUUCCCGAAACAGCCCUAGGUGGCAGAAAUGCAUUACUUUCAGAUAUUCAAAAAGGAAGUAAAUUGAAAAAAGCUGUAACAAAUGAUAGAUCUGCUCCAAUCAUAGACGUAGAAAAAAAAUCAUCAAACACACGAACAGCACAAGCAGUUAAUAGGCGUCGAUCAUUAAGUGCCUCUAAUACCAGCGACAAUAAGCAAAUUAAUUCGUCUACAGCUACUGCUAAUCUUGGUGGUUUGUUUGCAGGUGGAAUUCCAAAAUUAAAAAGCCGUGGUGGUGUAGAAACUGGCAGAGAAUCUAAUAGUUUAGCAGCACCACCUCCAUUACCAGGUGGACGACCAAGAGCUACAAGUGCAGAUAAUCGUAUAUCAUUACCUAAUCGUUCAACACCUAUUGCUCCUCAAUUGCCUGCCCGUACACCAACAACACCAGUACCACCUCCACUUCCCCCAACUAGUAAAAAACCAGCACCUAUACUUCCUAAUAAACCUGUAAAUCAUUCAUCAAAAGAACUACUGCCAGCAAAAUCACCACGAGCAAAAUCACCAGCCAAAUCACCGCAAACAAAAUCACCACCAACAAAAGAACUGCCAAUAAAAGAAUUAAAAGAGCCACCAACAAAAGAAGGACGAUGGGAGUUUCAUCCUUCGACUGAUUUUCCUACACCACGUCCUUUCAUACCUUCUACAAAAGAAUAUCCUUCAGGUUCAUUUACAGGAACUUAUUCAUUGGCAGAAUUUGACAUGGUAAUUUCAUUUUCUGAUGUUGAUGGCGAUGAUUUAAUUUAUCUAGGAACUCUUGAACACCUCGUAUCUUGA